AUGUCUCUGGCCGAUAUCUAUGCCAACGCUCUCUGCACUAUAAUAUCACCCUCGCCAGAUCCGUCGAAACCCCUCUUUGCUGAGAGGGAUAUGUCCCUAGUCAGCCCCGCCAUUUUGCACUCAUCAACAGAAGAUGAGCGCCUAACUGCUGCCGUCAGAUUCCAUCCCGUCUUGCCGAAUUGGACAGCCGAGACGAAUGCCAUGGAGGGCGAAGAGUCCCUUCAGAAGAGGCAGCCUACAAGACAGCGCGGAUGGUGUAUGCAAGAGGAUGAACUCUUUCGCCGGGCUCUUGUUUUAACUACCCAUCAAUCUGGCUGGGUCUGUAAACAGAUACAAUGCUCUGAAGAGGAUUUUUCCACUAUGCCUCUUCCCUGUUCGGACUCGACUGUCCAUAAUGACGGAGUCCUGUUGUGUCCCAACGAGCGCUUGGCUUGGUGGCCUCUCGGGCUUUUUGGACGGGCGGAACGAUUUGAUUCGUUGUGUAAUCAUUACCACGGACCUCCGGAACUGAGCGCACGCGAAACUGUUGCUCUCAAUCGGAAGAUUGUCGAGCAACCACCUGGUCUUUACCACCACAAGUGGGAGAAACUCGUCGAGGAAUUGACGUCGAGGGAAAUGACGGUGCCGACGGACCGACUGCCUGCCAUAUCCGGACUCGCCGCAAGACGGCAACGGGAGACGGGAGACGGGAGACCAGUAUCUGACUGGCCUGUGGAAGAACAACUCUGCGAAGCAGCUGCUAUGGAGAGUAGAAGACCCGGAGCAUUCCCAGAGAAUCCCCGAUCUACCCAACGCACCAACAUGGUCAUGGGCCACGGUCAACGCUCCUGUACGGUUUCCGACGCGGCCGUUUGA